AUGAAGGCUUUAGUAGCAGCUGAAGUUCACCUGUACAAGUGCGGGGCCAUGCGGGACAGCUGUGGACUCUGCCUGAAAGCCGACCCAGACUUCGAAUGUGGCUGGUGUGAGGGGCAAAACCAGUGCACGUUGAAGCAGCACUGCCCAGCCCAGGACAGCCAGUGGUUGGAGUUGUCCAGCACCAAGGGCAAAUGCACCAACCCCAAGAUCACGGAUAUCAAUCCAGUGACAGGCCCUCGAGAAGGGGGGACCAAAGUGACCAUCCGUGGGGAGAAUCUGGGGCUGGAGUUCAGAGAUAUCGCAUCUCACGUCAAAGUGGCUGGAGUGGAAUGCAAACCGCUGGUGGAAGGGUACAUCCCAGCAGAGCAGAUAGUAUGUGAGAUGGGGGAGGCCAAGCCCAGCCAGCAUGCUGGAUUCGUGGAAAUCUGCGUGGCCGAGUGCAAACCAGAAUUCAUGGCCAGGUCUUCACAGCUCUACUAUUUUAUGACCCUGACGCUCUCUGAUCUCAAGCCAAAGCGGGGACCAGUGUCGGGUGGCACGCAGGUGACAAUUACGGGCAACAACCUCAACGCGGGCAGCAACGUCAUCGUGACCUUCGGGCGACAGCCCUGCCUCUUCUACAGGAGGUCCACCAAGCACAUUGUCUGCAACACCACCGCCUCAGAUGAAGGCUUUGAGAAGGUGAAGGUGUCCGUGAGAGUGGACAAGGCCAAGAUACAUCAGGAGUUGCAGUAUGAGUAUGUAGAAGAUCCAACCAUCCUGAGGAUUGAGCCUGAGUGGAGUAUCUUUAGUGGCAACACACCCAUUGCAGUGUGGGGAACUCACCUAGACCUCAUCCAAAACCCUCAGAUCCGGGCAAAACACGGUGGAAAGGAACAUGUUAACAAUUGCGAGGUGCAGAACAGCACAGAAAUGACCUGCCAGGCUCCAGCACUGGCUGUUGACCCCAAUCACCAAUCUGAGCUUGCUGAGCGUCCAGAGGAGUUUGGCUUCAUUCUUGACAACGUGCAGUCCCUGCUCAUCCUCAACAAAACCAACUUCACCUACUACCCAAAUCCAAUCUUUGAGGUUUUCAAUCCCUCGGGGAUCCUGGAGCUGAAGCCGGGAAGUCCCAUCAUUCUGAAGGGCAAGAACCUGAUCCCACCAGUGGCAGGAGGGAAUGCCAAGCUGAACUACACUGUUUUGGUCGGUGAAAAGCCCUGUGCAGUGACCGUAUCAGACGUGCAGCUACUGUGCGAGUCCCCAAACCUCAUUGGACGGCAUAAGGUGAUGGCUCGUGUAGGAGGGAUGGAGUUCUCCCCAGGGAUGGUCUACAUCUCUCCAGACAGCCCUCUCAGCUUGCCAGCUAUUGUCAGCAUUGCGGUGGCCGGCGGCCUGCUCAUCAUCUUCAUCGUGGCUGUCUUGAUUGCCUACAAGCGCAAAUCCCGAGAGAGCGACCUCACCCUCAAGCGUCUACAGAUGCAGAUGGACAACCUGGAGUCCAGGGUGGCCCUGGAGUGCAAAGAAGCUUUUGCAGAGCUACAGACAGAUAUUCACGAGCUGACAAGCGAUCUGGAUGGAGCAGGCAUCCCUUUCCUCGAUUACCGAACCUACACCAUGAGGGUGCUUUUCCCUGGCAUUGAAGAUCAUCCAGUCCUGAGGGAUCUGGAGCUACAGACAGAUAUUCACGAGCUGACAAGCGAUCUGGAUGGAGCAGGCAUCCCUUUCCUCGAUUACCGAACCUACACCAUGAGGGUGCUUUUCCCUGGCAUUGAAGAUCAUCCAGUCCUGAGGGAUCUGGAGGUCCCUGGCUACAGGCAGGAACGGGUGGAGAAAGGCCUGAAGCUCUUUGCCCAGCUCAUCAACAACAAGGUUUUCCUCCUGUCCUUCAUCCGCACGCUGGAAUCCCAGCGCAGCUUCUCCAUGCGGGACCGCGGAAACGUGGCCUCGUUGAUCAUGACGGUGCUGCAGAGCAAGCUGGAGUACGCUACUGAUGUCCUCAAGCAGCUCCUGGCUGACCUCAUAGACAAAAAUCUGGAGAGCAAGAACCACCCCAAGCUGCUGCUCAGGAGGACAGAGUCUGUGGCUGAGAAAAUGCUCACCAACUGGUUCACCUUCCUCCUCUACAAGUUCCUCAAGGAGUGUGCUGGCGAACCUCUCUUCUCCCUUUUCUGUGCCAUCAAGCAGCAGAUGGAAAAGGGACCCAUUGACUCCAUCACUGGGGAGGCCCGGUACUCACUGAGUGAGGACAAGCUUAUCCGACAGCAGAUCGAUUACAAGACACUGGUCCUGAGCUGCGUGAACCCCGACAACGUGAACAGCCCCGAGAUCCCGGUGAAGAUCCUGAACUGUGACACCAUCACGCAGGUGAAGGAGAAGAUCCUGGAUGCCAUCUUCAAGAACGUGCCCUGCUCCCACCGGCCCAAAGCUGCUGAUAUGGACCUGGAGUGGCGGCAAGCAAGCGGGGCGAGGAUGAUCCUUCAGGAUGAAGACAUCACCACCAAGAUAGAGAACGACUGGAAGAGGCUCAACACGCUGGCACACUAUCAGGUGCCAGAUGGAUCUGUGGUAGCUUUAGUCUCCAAGCAAGUCACUGCCUACAACGCAGUCAACAACUCCACUGUCUCCCGGACCUCAGCCAGCAAGUAUGAAAACAUGAUCCGUUACACAGGGAGCCCGGACAGCCUCCGUUCCCGCACACCCAUGAUCACCCCUGACCUUGAGAGUGGAGUCAAGAUGUGGCACUUGGUGAAGAACCAUGAGCAUGGUGACCAAAAAGAAGGCGACCGGGGCAGCAAGAUGGUUUCUGAGAUCUACCUGACAAGGCUACUUGCCACCAAGGGCACCCUCCAGAAAUUUGUGGAUGACCUCUUUGAGACCAUCUUCAGCACUGCUCACCGUGGCAGUGCACUUCCCCUGGCUAUCAAAUACAUGUUUGACUUUUUGGAUGAGCAGGCUGACAAGCACAACAUCCAUGACCCCCACGUGAGACACACCUGGAAGAGCAAUUGCCUCCCGUUACGGUUCUGGGUUAACAUGAUCAAGAACCCACAGUUCGUCUUUGACAUCCACAAGAACAGCAUCACAGAUGCCUGCCUCUCUGUGGUGGCUCAGACUUUCAUGGACUCCUGUUCCACCUCGGAGCACCGUCUGGGCAAAGACUCACCCUCCAACAAACUUCUCUACGCCAAGGACAUCCCCAGCUACAAGAACUGGGUGGAAAGGUACUAUUCAGACAUCGCCAAAAUGCCAGCAAUCAGUGACCAGGACAUGAAUGCAUACUUGGCUGAGCAGUCUCGCAUGCAUAUGAAUGAGUUCAACACUAUGAGCGCGCUCUCAGAGAUAUACUCCUACGUUGGCAAGUACAGUGAGGAGAUUCUCGGAGCCCUUGAUCAAGAUGACCAGGCUGGGAAACAGAAACUUGCCUACAAACUUGAACAAGUCAUAACCCUCAUGAGCAUAGACAGCUGAGAACUGUCCUGCCAGGGACACCCUGGAAGGGAUAAACCAAGUCGUGCCUCACUCAAGAUCAUCAUCUUUACCAAGUGCAAGUUUUGAUGGGCUGUAAGCAGAGUCACCUGAACAACGCUCCUCUCUCUUUCUCUCUCAUUUCUUUCUCUUUCAAAAUCUAUGGACAAAGCGACGAAGCCCCAGGGUUUAAAAGAAAAGACUGUGGAGGAAUCUUGGCUCUGGGGAUACGAAGAUGAUUGGGUGAAGCUCUCCUUUUCACAGCUUCCCCUCUGCCUUUGCCCUAGAGAAAAAAAAAAAACAAACUAUUACAUACACCCUACCCUCCCCCCCAAACCCUCCCCCGACAUCACAUAGUCACUCUGCAGAUGGGGAAUUGGGAGGUAACUUCUGUCAUGCUGCUUUAACUGCCCUCCAUGGGCUGUAGCCUCUGGAGUGGACAUGGAAAUGAACUCAGUAUUACUAAAAGUUUCCCCAAGGGGAAGGCAGCCUGCCUGCAGGGAUGCUGGAGGUCAGGAGCAAGUCAAGAUCCUCUCCUGCAGAGCCAUUGCAACUCUAUCUCUUGAUAGUGACCCACUGGGACAGGAACCCCAAGGCUCCCUGAAGAAUGCCACAGCUCCGUCCAGAGUGGGACCACUGUGGCUCUUAUCUGCCUGGGCAAACAGCGGGGUAGCUGCUCUCCUGGGACAGCGGAAGGGUCAAGAGGGGAGGAGGAGACCGACGCUCCCCUGCCCGUGUGUUUCAUAUGGUUAUUCUUAUUUUUCAAAGAGACCUGUGUCCCCUCCGUCUUUCCCAUUGUGUCCUGUUGGUCAUAGCACUGCGGCAAAAGUGGCAUCCCGUCGGUGGUCAUUCUGUUCCUUCUGGCAAUGGACGCUGCAGCAUUUCCCUUGUUCCCACCUCAGCUUGGAAAGCAAGAACCAGAAGUCUUAUUUUGUUCCAGGCAAGGUGCUCGGCCUCAAAAACCAAUCAGAAGUGUUUUCCUUAAAGCUGUUAGUUCUUUCCAUUUUGUUUCCUCAACUGGAACAAAGCCGUUGUUUUCUCGUGGUGGAAUAUCAGAAGGAUACUGAAGGGCUAGGACUGAUGGUAGAAGCUUCCUUCAAAGCCACUCCUAAGAGGAAAUGUCACCACACAUUUUGGAAGGAAAUCUUGGAGGAAAUCCAAAUGAAACGCUGCAAAAUAUUCUUCUAUCUAGAUACUCCCAGCUGAACUGCAUGUCUUCUGGAGGUCUCUGAACCACUGUAAGCUCAUCUGCCUUUUAGUGCCAACUCCUGGUCUUUCCUCUUCUCCAUUUCUGGAACAAACAGGCCUUACUGAAGACACAGUUGCUUCCUGGGAAGAAUUUGCUCUCUUUUUACACUUCCGAUCCCUUCAGAGAUCACUGUCACCACAGGACAAUUGUGGAUGAUUGCUCCAUCCUUCCCUCUGCUCAACUCCUCCAGAACAACAUCUCAACCUGUUUCAUGGCCAACCAAAGGGGAUUGGCCUCGUGUGUCUUUUCUGAAUUUGGCUAAUCUUUUCCAUACAGCUGCCAGCCUGGAAAACACCAUGGUUCAGCAUAGUGGGAGACCCUCAGGCAGACCUUGCAUCUUGUACACCACGGAGGCAAGAGCUGGGCCUGCAUUCAUCUCACAAGAGAUGAACAGUGCUCACUAGAAGAUGGGGGAGUGUCCUGAUGUCACGGAGAAUCAGCCCACAUCCAUCUCACACCAUCCUCAAGAGCUACAGCCUGGAUCCACUUUGCACCUGGAGGAAGGAAGGGGUAAAGACAGGGUUUAUAAAUUGAUGGCGGAAUGAGUGCUUUUUGAUUUUAUUCAUGCCUCUUGCUAGCAAACCAGAACCUCUUCAGAGCAACAGAUCACGAGUGCAUGUCAUGGGAGAUGUGGUGCAAACAGGAGUCAGUCAGCAGGCAGGUUUCGUUCAGCCAAGCAGAUACACAUGUAGGCAAGUCUUUCUAAUCCCAUUAAAAGAAAAAACAGUCCCAAACUGGAUGUGUGUGUGGGCAGAACAUCGCAAGAUUCAAGCAAACUUAGGGACACGUCUUGGUUUUAAAACCCCAGACACUUCUCUCUUGAUUAUAAUUAUUAUUAUUAUUAUUUUGUGCGCGUGUGUGUGCGCGCGUGUGCGUAUCUGUGUGUGCGUGUGUGUGUGUGUUACUUCCUUUGAUUAAUUUUGCUUGCUUUCCGUUUGAUUGCUGAGCUGAUGGACUCAUCAUGCACCUUAUGGACAUCUCAGCAUCUUUAAGAGGCCUGCGCAUUAGGGAUGAGUUGGGUUUGGUUGGUCCUGCCAUGAUUUUGUUGAUCCAUUUAUAAUGUCGGCGCAUGUUCCAGACCCAUUGAUUAUGGCUGUGAAAGUGGGGUGGAAGUCCCACCAGAGCCAGCGGUUAAGAAAAUUACAACAACAACACAAACACAAUAUUUUUUAUAAGUACGUAAAAAAAAGGAAAAUUUAAAAAAAAAAAAAAAAAAAAAAAAGGAAGAAACCAAAGGUUUUGACAAACAAAGUGCCACAAAAAAUAAAUAUGGACCCUAUUGUCAUGCCUUGUACUCACAGCUGGAUGGUAGGAGUCUAAGGACAAAUAGCUGGCUUGGAGGGAAGUGGUUAUGAGUGAUGGGCUAUACAGCCUGGACAUGCGCACAUGAAAGGAAGAAGAAGCUGUUUAAACAAACAAACAAAAAAAAAGGUAUCAAAGUGAACUGGUGUGAUCCUGCAACUGUUACUCAAGACAGAGGAACACCACAGGGGAAAUCUGAGACUCACCCUGUUUCUUUUUGAUGUUUUCAGGGCUGUGUUUUUGUUUUAUUAUGGUUGUUUUCCAUUGUUAUUAUUUUAUUUCUUCUUGCUGGUACGGAGUUUUUCAUCUGUAAUGUGUAUAUAUAUAUUUUUCAAGAAAAACUUGAACACCUCAGAGACACUGAGAAUGAAACGCUUAGGGGAAAUGGGAAGAGCCAUGAGAUUGGUGUCUUAACCCUUCCCUAGUUCCCAUUUAGGUAUUUCCGUUUUCUCUCCACACUCUUCUUUCCCCCAUCCCCAGGAUUUGAAAGAAAAACGGUAUUUUUGCUUUUCUUUCAUCUCCUCCUUGUUUUUCUUUUUGUUUGUCUUUAUUUGGUGUUUCAGUUUUCGCUUGCAAAAUGUGCCAGAAUUGUGAUGUAAAUGCGUGGGCUUCCUCCCCUGUCCCCUUCAGUGCCCUCCCCAUUUCCAACCACUGUCCCAGCAUCCCCCAGUCUAUGAGAGGUCUUGGCAUCUUUCUUCCCAGCCUCACCUGUUGAGCUAACUAUUUUUUAAGUGCAUGUAAAAUACAACUUAAAACAAAGACACAAGCAGAAGAAUGAGCCCUACUACAACAUGGAUGCGUUCUUUUCCUCUUGCUUUGACUUCUUUUCCCCCACCUCCCUUUCCACACUUGACCAAAAAUGCCCAAUAGGUGGUAUUCCACACUAGUUUUCAAGCCACACAGAGAGAACUGCAGCCAAAGUCCCUAGAAGUCAAUAGAAGACAGGCUCUUAAUACCUAGAAUAUGCCAGAUAAUAGGCUGAUUUUUAUGGGUAUUUCUCAAACACCGCAAUCCAGACAAUGAAUGCUGACACAGCACCAUCAGAAAUGGGGAAAGGGAACUCCUGAAAACUCUCUGUGGUCUUGCUGAGAGAGCUAAGAUUAUUUCUUCACUGCAGAGUUUGCUCUGGGACUUCGCUCCUGGCUCAGAGGAGCAGAAGGUGGCAGGUCCCUCUGCAAACACCCUCGUGUCCUCCCUGUGAGUGUGAGCUCACCUAUCAGUGUCACAGUGAUCUGAGACAUCUGUGCUUUUGCACACUGAGCCUCCCAGUAAACACUGUUGUAGGAAAAGCUGUGUGCUCUCUGAAAGAAGGUGUGAGAGAUUGUUAGAACUUGAACAGAUAACACAAGAGAACCACUGAAAAGGAGAAAUGCAGCCACCCAAGGACACCUUGCUCUCCCAACAUGCCCCAAUCCUUCUCUUCCCGCUCUUCAUUCUGUCUUGAACAUAUCUGAAGGCUUUGUCCAACCCAGAAUACACCAGCCUUGCUCCGUGAGGUGAGAGGGCUAUGCCAAUUUUCUCAGCUGUAGUUUUACCACUGUAGUAGUCUUCUCAUAACUCUUCAGCACUGGAGACCAUAAAAAAUUGAUACGACAUGAAAAAGAUUUACAAGCGGAAUUUUGGUUGGUAUUUGCUUGAAUUGAAAAGCGAUUACCAAAGUUUCCAGAUCUUGCGCAUUAGCCCUCAGGGAGGUAUUUACUAUGAAGGGAGAAACACCAAGUAAAUCACAUAAUUGUCAUUGUUAUUUUUAAUAGUGCUAUUGAAAUACCUGAUCUGGUGGGAGGUGUCCCUGCCCAUGGCAGGGGCGUUGGAACUUGAUGAUCUUUAAGGUCCUUUCCAACCCAAACCAUUCUAUGAUUCUAUGAGAACUGACAGAGUGUUAAGAGUCCAGUGGCUACUCUCAUGGUUGAGUCAGCCAACACAAAGAUUACACAUUCCUUCCACAUUUUGUCAAGUCCAGAGGAGGUCUUGGGAUGUCCUAGGUCUUGCCAUCCAAACUUGGUAUGCUGUAGAGCAGGCAACUGGUGAAGUGAACCUCAGCAUCAUGGAGUUAACCUCAGGCUCCUGGCCAUUCACAGCCUGACUUUUCCUGCUUUGUACCCAAAACUCUUCCCAUUUCAGAGUAUUGUUAGGUCCACGGAGUCCUGCAGUUUUCCCUCACCUCUGCCAUUGUGCAAGGCCCCUUCCUCCAAAAAAGUUUAAUUGUCUUACAGGGAAACAUUUUGCAGAGAAUACUUUGAAAGCAGAGUUUGUCAACCACGUUUUAUUUGGGAUGGCUCAGUUCACUGCACUGUUAGAGAAGCACCUAAGGGGACACAGGCUUACAGCAUCAAAUUAAUUUGUAGAAGGAUGUCAAAAGAAAAAAGAAGAAGAAAAAAAACCCCAAGAUUUACACUUGGAAAAAAUAAAACCACCAAAAAAACCCCAGCGAGGAUAUAAAGCUGCUUAGUCUAAUCAACCUGUCACGUGUGUGAUUUCUGUUGUUGUCGUUGUUGUUGUUUGUUCAUUGGCGCUUUUUUUUUUUGGUGUUAAUCUUCUGUUCUAAAAAUGGAGAGUUUACCUCAAGAAAUUCUUUCUGCUUGGAAACAGAUCACCUCAAAGACACUCGCAGCAGAGAGCAAUGUGCAGGGAAGCUGAGUAAAGCGAACCUGGGUGUGGAAAAUGGGGAAAACCAGGACAUUUGGGCUCUUUCAGCAUUCCCUUCUCUUGCUGGUGUGGUCUUGCAUAGCUCCUUGACUCUGAGGGCAGCAUAUCCCAGUAGAAGUUGCUCUUUGCUUUCAGAUAGACUGAGGCACAAGAGCCAGUUGGAGAAAUCAAGGCACAUGUCCAAGCUUGCAGUCCUUUCUGAAGUAUCUUAAGAGAAACUUGGUGUUUUUUUGAAAUUUCUGUGCUGCUCUUUCUCCAGUCCCUGGAGAAAACCCGCUUUCCAGCCCAGAGUGGGGUAAGGAAGCAGAAAGAUUAGGUGCUAACUAAAUGCUCCCAGUGUUUUCCCUAAAGAAUCAAGAUGAGAGGCAACUGGAUUAUUUAACGUUACAAGACAGGCCCUUCCUAGUGUCUGACCCUGUGUCUUGGACAUACACAUGAGCCCAGAACUCUCAUUCUCCGUUUUGCUAAAGCUUCCAUCUUAAAUACAAAAAUCAAUGUAAAGACAUAUCCUUUCACUACAGUGUUACUAACAGCCUCAAAGAGAUGUCAAGACAGCAUUAGAAAGGAGGUUGGGAUCCUUUUUCUUAGGUUGUUGUUGUUGUUGGUUUGAUUUUCUUUUGAAUUGAUCCUAGUUAAAAAUUAAAUAAAAUCUAUACUAUUUAAAUUGGAAUCCCGUUGUUACUUGGUAAAGGCAAAGCUUCUGUACCUUUGUUAUAAUUAAUUGUAUACCUGUGUAUGUAAAUAUAAGGCAUUCCUAUUUUGCAGUCCAG